AAAAGUUAUAACCUUUUUUUUUUGGGGGAUCCUUUUUGGCGCUUUUUUACCUGUUCCAUUCCAGUCGAGUAGUGCCCUCUGGGCUCCUCAUCUUUGGACAUAAUAAUUCACGCAACUCACCACAGUACUUCACCAACUUUACGUAUUCUCUUCUUCAGAGUUGAGACAAUCGAAAUCUACGCCCAACCCAAAUAGAGAGUAGGGAGCUUCUUUUUAGCUGAGAUAGAGAGAUGGAGAGAAAGGUACUGCUGGUUUGCUGCGCAGUGGGUCUCUUGGGGCUAUUAUCAGCUGCUACAGGUUUUGGUGCUGAGGUAACAAGAAUCAAGGGUUCUCAGGUUCAGUUUAUCUCCGUUACUCAAUGUGAAUAUCCUCGGAGUCCAGCUCUUGGUCUUGGUGUAACUGCUGCAGUGGCUCUUAUGCUAGCUCAAAUAAUUUUAAAUGUUUCAACGGGCUGCAUUUGUUGCAAGAGGAGCCCCCAGCCUUCCAACUCUAACUGGACAGUAGCCUUGUUCUGCUUUGUUGUUUCCUGGUUCACGUUUGUUAUAGCAUUUCUUCUGCUGCUCACUGGUGCUACACUCAAUGAUCGGCAUGGUGUAGAAAGCAUGUACUUUGGCAACUACUACUGUUAUGUUGUGAAACCUGGAGUGUUUGGUGGAGGUGCCGGUUUGUCACUUGCAAGUGUGGUACUAGGAAUUGUCUACUAUGUCACCUUAAAUUCAGUAAAGGACAGUAACAGUCCAUGGGGCACUUCUGCUCCUCCUAAUCCAGGGGCAAUAGCUAUGGGGCAACCCCAGUUCCCUCCACCGAGUACCACUCAAGAACCAGUAUUCGUCCACGAAGACACAUACAUGAGACGACAAUUCACAUGAUUCGUGGAUAUCUUUGUUCAGUUAUUCCUGUUGCAUUACUGAAUUUUUAUGGUAAGAGAGCCUAUGAUCAGUUUUUGAAGAAGUAAUGAUUGCCAUUGUAGGAAAUGGGCAGUUUUCUUCAUGCAGUGUAUAAUCUGUUGGUGGCAUAGCUCUAUAAUCCCUGUUUCGGUUUGUCGCUAGAGUUCCUUAGGAUUGUAUUUGAUUUUGUUUAUACCACACAUUGUGCAAGAAACCGAAUGUGUUUGAAUAGGAGCUGAAUAGAUUAUUUAAACCUAAGGGAAAUGCUUUCUGGUUCAUCCAUGGUAGUAAUCUCUCCAAAAUUUUGAUUGUGGCAUAUUGCAUGGAUGAACUCGAUGGAUUCACAAACUUUGUCCA